AUGCGCAGGGGCUACGCCCCCGCCCUAAGAAUAGGCAUCGAAGCUACCUCAGAGGACACGUCGAUACAACACCAACCCACCGUCGACAGCUCCUUUGCUAUACCUACCCUCUUGACCUACGAACGACGACAAAUACUUUUCCAAAUACCACACGCAAGCAAACACAUACACACAAUGAUCCGCUCAACUCAAAUAGCAAGGCUUGACGGCCUCAUGCUCUGCGCUUCCGUCGACGACGAGCAACAAGAAGCAGCUCUCUCCGAAGUCAAGUCGCAAAUCAAGCAAGUCCUACGCAAGCUCACCCGUAACUCGGAACCCCAAGCCAGCAUCGAAAGCGGCGCCUACAACCUGAAGUCCGUCUACCCCUCUCCUGUCUACCCCUUUUACACCGAGAGGAGCCAGUCGAAAGAAGAAGAAGAAGAAGAAGAAGGAGAAGGAGAAGAAGGAACUCUUGCUAACCUUUGUGCCCAAAACAGCUACCUAAUGGACUCGGACAUCACCUUCAUCUGCAUAACAGACAAAUCCUACCCGCGCAAGCUAGCCUUCACCUACCUCUCCGACCUCGCCCGCGAGUUCACGACAACCUACCCCGUCUCCCAGCUCCACUCCCCCUCCCUCCGCCCCUACGCCUUUAUGGAGUUCGACACCUUCAUCUCCCGCACAAAAUCAACCUACUCGGACGCCCGCGCCUCCCAGAACCUCGACAAGCUCAACGACGAGCUGCGCGACGUGACCAAAGUCAUGACCAAGAACAUCGAGGACCUCUUGUACCGCGGCGACUCCCUCGAGCGCAUGGGCGAGCUCAGCUCCCGCCUGCGCGACGACAGCAAAAAGUACAGGCGCGCCGCUGUGAGGAUCAACUGGGAGCUGCUGCUCAAGCAGUACGGCCCCCUCGGAGCGCUGGGGUUCAUUGUUAUCGUCUUCUUUUGGUGGCGGUUCUUCUAA